AGGGAGGGUCGGGGAGAAGGAGCAUUAGCCUGAGGCUGGAGGAGGCUGAACUGCGUCCCCGCCCAGCCCGCGCCUAUGCGGUACUUGAAGGAUGGCGAAGAGGUCGCGCAGUGAGGAUGAGGACGAUGACCUUCAGUAUGCUGAUCAUGAUUAUGAAGUCCCACAACAAAAAGGGUUGAAGAAACUCUGGAAUAGAGUAAAAUGGACAAGAGAUGAGGAUGAUAAGUUAAAGAAGUUGGUUGAACAACAUGGAACUGAUGAUUGGACUCUAAUUGCUAGUCAUCUUCAAAAUCGUUCUGAUUUUCAGUGUCAGCAUCGGUGGCAGAAAGUUUUAAAUCCAGAAUUGAUAAAGGGUCCCUGGACUAAAGAAGAAGAUCAGAGGGUUAUUGAAUUAGUUCAGAAAUAUGGGCCAAAAAGAUGGUCUUUAAUUGCAAAACAUUUAAAAGGAAGAAUAGGCAAGCAGUGUAGAGAAAGAUGGCAUAAUCAUCUGAAUCCUGAGGUAAAGAAAUCUUCCUGGACAGAAGAGGAGGACAGGAUUAUCUAUGAAGCACAUAAGCGGUUGGGAAAUCGUUGGGCAGAAAUUGCCAAACUACUUCCUGGAAGGACUGAUAACUCUAUCAAAAAUCAUUGGAAUUCUACUAUGCGAAGAAAAGUGGAGCAGGAAGGCUACUUACAAGAAGGAAUAAAAUCAGAACGAUCUUCAUCUAAACUUCAACACAAACCUUGUGCGACUAUGGACCAUUUGCAAACCCAGAAUCAGUUUUACAUACCUGUUCAGAUCCCGGGCUAUCAGUAUGUGUCACCUGGAGGCAAUUGUGUAGAACAUGUUCAGCCUUCUUCUGCCUUUAUUCAGCAACCCUUUGUUGAUGAAGACCCUGAUAAGGAAAAAAAAAUAAAGGAACUUGAGUUGCUUCUUAUGUCAGCUGAGAAUGAAGUUAGAAGAAAGCGAGUUCCAUCACAACCUGGAAGCUUUUCUAGCUGGUCUGGUAGUUUCCUCGUGGAUGAUAGCAUGUCUAAUACUCUAAGCCUCGAGGAGCACACUAGUGAGUUUUACGGUCUGGAUGAAAAUCAGGCUGUGUCUGCUCAGCAGAACUCACCCACAAAGUUCCUGGCCGUGGAGGCAAAUGCUGUGCUGUCCUCUCUACAGACCAUCCCAGAAUUUGCAGAGACUCUAGAACUUAUUGAAUCUGAUCCCGUAGCAUGGAGUGAUGUUACUAGCUUUGAUCUCUCUGAUGCUGCUGCUUCUCCUGUCAAGUCCACCCCAGUUAAACUAAUGCGAAUUCAACACAACGAAGGAGCCAUGGAAUGUCAAUUUAACGUCAGUCUUGUACUUGAAGGGAAAAAAAACAGUUGUAACGGUGCAGACAGUGAGGCUGUUCCUUUAACAUCCCCAAGUGUGGCUAAGUUUAGCACUCCACCAACCAUCCUCAGAAAGAAGAGAAGAAUGCGAGUGGGUCAGUCCUCAGGCAGCGAACCUGGCGAUGGCUCAUUCAAUGAUGGUGGUAAUACGGCACUAAAACACACACCGGUGAAAACACUACCAUUUUCUCCUUCACAGUUUUUCAACACGUGUCCUGGAAAUGAACAAAUUAAUAUAGAAAAUCCUUCAUUCACAUCAACCCCUAUUUGUGGGCAGAAAGUUCUCAUUACAACUCCUCUUCAUAAGGAAACAACCCCCAAAGAUCAAAAGGAAAAUGUAGGGUUUAGAACACCUACUAUUAGAAGAUCUAUAUUGGGUACCACACCAAGAACUCCUACUCCUUUUAAGAAUGCGCUUGCUGCUCAGGAGAAAAAAUAUGGACCUCUUAAAAUUGUGUCACAGCCACUUGCCUUCUUGGAAGAAGAUAUUCGGGAAGUUUUAAAAGAAGAAACUGGAACAGACAUAUUCCUCAAAGAGGAAGAUGAACCACCUUACAAAAGCUGCAAACAAGAGCAUACUGCUUCUGUAAAGAAGGUCAGAAAAUCACUAGUCUUAGAUAAUUGGGAAAAAGAAGAACCAGCCACUCAACUAGUAACUGAAGACCUUUCAGACAUGCAGUCAGAAAAUAUAUUUACAACAUCUUUAUUAAUGAUACCAUUAUUGGAAAUACAUGACAAUAGGUGCAACUUGACUCCUGAAAAACAAGAUAUAAAUUCAACCAACAAAACAUAUACACUUAAUAAAAAGAAACCAAACCCUAACACUUCCAAAGUUGUCACAUUGGAAAAGAAUCUUCAGUCUUGUGAAUGGGAAACAGUGGUUUAUGGGAAGACGGAAGACCAACUUAUCAUGACGGAACAAGCAAGAAGAUAUUUGAGUACUUAUACAACUACAGGCAGUACCUCAAGAGCUCUCAUACUGUGAUUGUUAUUAAAACUGAUG